CGGACCGGCACUUCUCCCGCAAGACCACCGGACCAGAGACAGGACUGGGGCCUCCCACCAGCCUCCGCUCCACCAUGAAGCUGGCCGUCACCUUCACCUUGGUCGCCCUGAUCUUCUUCUGCAGCCCUGCUUCUGCAGAGGUCUGCCCGAUCUUUCUAGAAGUCAUUCAAAACCUCUUCAAGGGCACACUUGCCAGUUACCAGGCUUCAAUUGAACCUUUCAGCCCCAACGAAGACAUGAAAGAGGCGGGGACCCAGCUGAAGAUGCUGGUGGACACGCUCUCUCCGGAGGCCAAGGACAGCGUGUUAAAACUCAAGGAAAAAAUCGUAAAAAGCCCACUGUGUGCUUAGGAUUUGGAACCUGAAGACCUUCAUCUCUGGAGGCCCUGACACCCCCAGCCGCUUCCUCCCCUCCAUCCCCACCAGCCCACCCUGACUCCCUACAAUAAAAUCCAAGCAUCUCA